GAGGUCUGCGGCGGACUCAGUCGGAGCAGCCGACACUGAAAUAGGUGGGAAAAGUUCCUCCCGACUCCCUCUGCGGUGGAGACGGAGCACAAGAGCGACACGAGCGGAGUUUGUGAAGACAGACAUGAGGAGCCCUCCAGGUCUGGGUUGCUGAGCAGCUGAGGUCAGAGUUCAAGCGCUUGUUCCAGCAGUCAUGGCUGACAGAGAGGGGCUGCCCAUCGCCCCGGGCCAGGUCUACAUCGAGGUGGAGUACGACUACGAGUACAAGGCCAAAGAUAAGAUGGUGACUAUCCGCCAGGGAGAGUGUUACAUGCUGGUGAAGAAGACCAACGAGGACUGGUGGCAGGUGAGGAAGGAGGAGGGCACGAAGGCCUUUUAUGUGCCGGCGCAGUACGUCAGGGAGGUGCGCCGGGCGCUCAUGCCCCCCCAGAAACCCGCCUUGAGGGCCAAGCCCACCGUUUUGGAUAUCUGCCGGGCCUCUAACGAGAACCUCAACAGGCCUCAGCCGGAAAUGUCCAGCUUCGGGCGCCCGUCGCCCUCCUCCACCCCCUCGCCAUCUUCUGACCGCGUCACGCCGCCCGCCCUGCCCAAGGAUGCUAACCAGAACGUGGGGAGUCCUCAUCACUGCAAGUUGGUAGCAGAGUUGGUGCUUCUUCACAACAACAACAACCAUCACCACGCCAACAGUUCCACGUUGCCACGGACACGGGCUGAUUCACCUCCGCUCAAGGUGGGGAACAACCACAACAAGAGUCCGGACGCCGACAAGACCUCCCCUCCGAGCGAGCUGCCAGGAGACGGGCUCAACAAGCUCCGCAACGACUCGGAGUCUGGAGACGAGCUGAGCAGCAGCUCCACAGAACACAUGCAGACUACGUCACCUACAGGUCAGGGCCGGUCCGACUCGCCGGUCUACACAAACCUCCAGGAGCUGAAGAUCUCUCAGUCCAGCCUGCCACCCGUCCCCUCGGGCUCCCCGCUCCACAUCCUGGGCGACUGGGAGACCCACAAAGAUCUGAGCGGCAGGCAUUUCUACUACAACCGAGCCACGGGCGAGCGGACCUGGAAGCCGCCGCGCACCAGGGACACCAGCAGCAGCACCAGCAGCUUCCGAGCAGACAGCCACGGCACAGCAGAGAGUGAGCCUCCUUCCCCUCAGCCGCUGUCCUCGGAGGAGAACUGCCACAGCACCCACUCUAGCCAGUCCGACAGCCAGUACGGAUCGCCCCCAAGAGGCUGGUCCGAGGAACUGGAUGAACACGGACACACCCUCUACGUGUCCGAAUACACGCAGGAGAAGUGGAUAAAGCACGUGGAUGAACAAGGUCGGCCCUAUUACUACAGUGCUGAUGGAUCCAGGUCUGAAUGGGAACUGCCUAAGUACAACAUCUCCCCUCAGUCCGGUGAGGUUCCCAAGAGUCGCAGUCUGGAGAGGAAGCAGCAGGAUCCCAUCGUCCUCACCAAGUGGAGGCACAGCACUUACGUCUUAGACCUCAACGACAAGGAGUGUGCUCCGGCGCCCAAACAGAGCUCUCCAGACUCUGACUCCUGCCCCUCAUCUCCUAAGCACCCCUCGACCCCUUCAGAGAAGUGUGGAGUCCUCAAUGUCACCAAAAUCACAGAGAAUGGAAAGAAAGUCAGGAAGAACUGGACCUCCUCGUGGACCGUGCUGCAGGGUUCCUCUCUGCUCUUUGCCAAAGGUCAGGGGGGCAGCACCACCUGGUCAUACUACCGCAGCGGCUCUAUCCCAGAGCUGCUCCUCACUCUUCUUAGCAGCUGGAAGCGCUCAGUCAAGCCCCGCCCUGCUGUCUCCUAUGUGAACUGUAGGCCUGUGCAGGCUGCCGCUAAGUUCGGCAGCAAUCAGUCGAAGCCCGAGUUCACGGUUGAUCUGCGUGGGGGGUCGGUGGAGUGGGCCUCCAAGGACAAGUCCAGCAAGAAACACGUCAUCGAGCUGAAGACCCGUCAGGGCACAGAGCUGCUGAUCCAGUCCGAGAUCGACAGCGUCAUCAACGACUGGUACCGGGCCCUAAUUGAGACCAUCAACACUCAUGCGUGGGAGUCGGAUGAAGCCAUUGAGGAGGACAUGCCUGAGUCUCCGGGAGCAGAGAAGCAGGACAAGGAGAAAGACCACCGGGACUCCAAGAAGAAUAGAGUGAUGAAGACCUCAGUGAGCAUGGACUCGUCAGACCAGAAGAAGACCAGGUUGAAACUGAAGAAGUUCCUGACACGUCGUCCCACAUAUCAGGCUGUCCGAGACAAAGGAUACAUCAAAGAUCAGGUGUUUGGCUGCAGUCUGACCAGUCUGUGCCAGCGGGAGAACACAUCAGUGCCCAACUUUGUCAAAAUGUGCAUCGACCAUGUGGAGAACACAGGGCUCAGUAUUGACGGCUUGUACAGAGUGAGCGGGAACCUGGCAGUGAUCCAGAAGCUGCGCUUUGCUGUGAAUCACGAUGAGAAAGUGGAUCUGAAUGACAGUAAGUGGGAGGACAUCCACGUCACCACCGGAGCCCUCAAGAUGUUCUUCAGGGAGCUUCCUGAGCCUCUCUUCACAUACGGAUCUUUCAAUGACUUUGUGAACGCCAUUAAAUGCUCAGACUACAAGCAGCGAGUGAAUUCAAUCAAAGACUUAAUCAAGAAGUUGCCAAAACCCAACCACGACACAAUGCAAGUCCUGUUCAAACACCUGCGGAGGGUGAUAGACCACGGAGAGGCCAACCGCAUGACCACCCAGAGCGUGGCCAUCGUGUUCGGACCCACGCUGCUCCGGCCCGAGACCGAGACGGGCAACAUCGCGGUCCACAUGGUGUACCAGAACCAGAUAGUGGAGCUCAUACUGCUCGAGUAUGAAAGUAUUUUCGGUAGGUAGAGGCGCCUGCUCAGAAGAGGACGCCAGGCUUUUCCAACUUGGACUUCUUUCCACUCACCCGUUUUUUCUUUGACUGAACUGAGCAUUGCUGUGGACCAAGCAAAUCUAAGUUCCAUUCAUUGACAGUUUACGAAAGUGUUGCACUUACAGAAGUUUUGGAGAUGAAUUUAAAACAAAAAACAAAAAACAAAACAUGGUGUAUAGAUCUCACCCGCUUUUUCAGUUGCCAUUCCUGCUGCAAGUAGCGGGCCGGACGAUGGACAGUGUUUCAGAGUGGUGCCGUGAUGAUGUGUGGACGUCCGUGUGAUUUGGUGGAUUUGAGUAUUCAGGUGUUUUUCCAUACACUGGAUCCCUGUGGCCAGUAGUUCAAACGUCAGAGCAGAGCCGGCUGCUCCUUCUGCCUCCCGGUGGAACCAGAGCGGACUUGGGGACGACGGCAGGAACCCUGCUGCUCCCGAACCAGCGACCUCCUCACCUCGCUGAAUCUGAACUGGAUACGUUUUCUGUGUCGUGGAGCUUUGUCUGUGAUGUGUAAGCCCUUUGUGCUUUUGGAUCAGGUGGAAAAAAUAAUCAGUGUUAACAGACUGUCUUUUUGGCACUUGGAUGAAGUGGAGAUCGACUUCCCCACAGCCCCACUCACCUUAGUGACACCCCCUCUCCACACCCGCACUUCCCCCCUUUUUCAACCAGUGUUAGCCAUUAACCUCGUGACUUGAACGACGGAGGACCAACCCUCCUCCUGUGUGUGCGAGCGAAUUAGCCUAAAUGGAAUUAAAGCUGAGCAGAAGCAUCCUCGUCUUGCCACUUUGUACAAACUGUGUGUCGUGUAGUCUAACGUGCUUUGGUAAAGUUUCCGUUAAGCUGCCGGGGGCUCGUCGUCUGCGCUCCUUCAUGAACUUCAUCGUCAGUUUCCUCAGUGGCGGGAAACAUCGCUGACCUCCUGGUGUUACUGGAAAACAGAGUGGAACCCCGGGAACUGUGAUGUUACCUUUUCACGUGAAUUGUUGAUCCUUCUCCUCACUUAAGCUAAUAUUAAAAGAGUAUUCAGAGAAGAGGAGCGGUACUGAAAAUAUUGUUGUAUGGGAGUGUGUGGGUGUUAGAAUGCAAAGAAGAGCCUUUAAAACCCUUUCAGAGCAUAUGUACAGUGACAGAAACUAGCUGUUGAAAUGUGUUAUAGUGACUGAGGUAUGUAUGCUUUGAUGGUGAACCAGUGAAAGAUUUGAUUUUGUAAAUUUGAAUUAAAACAUGAGAAUACAAAGAUUGUGAGAAGAAGAAAAAAAAAACAACCACAUGAUCGACUGUUACUUUUGUUUGCAGGUGUAUCUGGAGUGUUUGCGCAUGGUCAGCUGCACAUUUGAAUGUAAUUUUCAGGCUAACUGCUGUUUGUGAAAUUGCUAUGUCUAAUAAAAAAAAGACAAACUAA